UGGGGCCCGCGGCGCCGACGGGGGCGGAGCGGCGGAGGCCUGAGCAGUCUGAGCAGUGAUGGCGGCUGCUGUGGUGACGGCGGCGGCGGCGGCCCCGGCGCCGGCAGCCGGAGCGGAUGGCGCCUCCUCAGUGCACUGGUUCCGCAAAGGGCUGCGGCUCCACGACAACCCCGCGCUGCUGGCGGCCGUGCGCGGGGCGCGCUGCGUACGCUGCGUUUACAUCCUGGACCCUUGGUUCGCGGCCUCCUCCUCAGUGGGGAUCAAUCGUUGGAGGUUCCUACUUCAGUCUCUGGAAGAUUUGGAUACAAGUCUGAGGAAACUGAACUCUCGCCUGUUUGUAGUCCGGGGACAGCCCGCUGACGUGUUCCCAAGGCUAUUCAAGGAAUGGGGGGUGACCCGCUUGACCUUUGAAUACGACUCUGAACCUUUUGGGAAAGAACGUGACGCAGCCAUCAUGAAGAUGGCCAAGGAGGCCGGUGUGGAGGUGGUGACUGAGAACUCUCACACUCUCUAUGACCUGGACAGGAUUAUCGACCUGAACGGGCAGAAGCCACCCCUUACCUACAAGCGCUUUCAGGCCAUCAUCAGCCGCAUGGAGCUGCCCAAGAAGCCCGUGGGCUCUGUGACGAGCCAGCAGAUGGAGAGCUGCAGGGCCGAGAUCCAGGAGAACCAUGAUGAAGCCUAUGGCGUGCCCUCCCUGGAGGAGCUGGGGUUCCCUACUGAAGGACUUGGCCCGGCUGUUUGGCAAGGAGGAGAGACAGAAGCUCUGGCCCGCCUGGAUAAGCAUUUGGAACGGAAGGCUUGGGUUGCCAACUAUGAGAGACCCCGAAUGAACGCCAACUCCCUGCUGGCCAGCCCCACGGGCCUCAGCCCCUACCUGCGCUUUGGCUGCCUCUCGUGCCGCCUCUUCUACUACCGCCUGUGGGACCUGUACAAAAAGGUGAAGCGGAACAGCACGCCCCCCCUCUCCCUGUUUGGGCAACUCCUGUGGCGAGAGUUCUUCUACACGGCAGCCACCAACAACCCCAGGUUUGACCGCAUGGAGGGGAACCCCAUCUGCAUCCAGAUCCCCUGGGACCGCAACCCUGAGGCCCUGGCCAAGUGGGCCGAGGGCAAGACAGGCUUCCCUUGGAUUGACGCCAUCAUGACCCAGCUGAGGCAGGAGGGCUGGAUCCACCAUCUGGCCCGGCACGCUGUGGCCUGCUUCCUCACCCGCGGAGACCUCUGGGUCAGCUGGGAGAGCGGGGUCCGGGUAUUUGAUGAGCUGCUCCUGGAUGCAGAUUUCAGCGUGAACGCGGGCAGCUGGAUGUGGCUGUCCUGCAGUGCUUUCUUCCAACAGUUCUUUCACUGCUACUGCCCUGUAGGCUUUGGCCGCCGCACGGACCCCAGUGGAGACUACAUCAGGCGAUACCUGCCCAUAUUGAAAGGAUUCCCCUCUCGAUACAUCUAUGAGCCCUGGAAUGCCCCAGAGUCCAUUCAGAAGGCAGCCAAAUGCAUCAUUGGUGUGGACUAUCCCCGGCCCAUUGUCAACCAUGCUGAGACCAGCCGACUCAACAUUGAGCGAAUGAAGCAGAUUUAUCAGCAGCUCUCCCGCUACCGGGGACUCUGUCUGCUGGCUUCUGUCCCUUCCUGUGUGGAAGACCUCAGCAACCCGGUGGCAGAGCCCAGCUCGAGCCAGACUGGGAACGUGAGCAGUGCAGGCCCAAGACCGUUACCGAGUGGCCCAGCGUCCCCAAAACGCAAGCUGGAAGCAGCCGAGGAGCCACCGGGCGAAGAACUCAGCAAACGGGCGAGGGUGGCAGGGUUGCCCGCCCCAGAGCUGCCGAGCAGGGACGUCUGAGGCUGCAGCGCUGUAGCUCCACGAGCGAAGCCUGGGUGCCCGAGCAGCCACCGUGGCAGCAGAGUGCAACCUGCAGAAAAGCUGAUCACCGACAGAGAUUGAGCGAGCGAGUGUGCAUGUGUGUACGCGUGCGCGGAGGAAGGAGUGGUGUGCCUGUUUGCGUGUGCAUGCCUCUGUUUACACUCUUGUGAUUUCGAACGCUGCUGGGGCUGGAGGAAUACAUGUAGCAGCUUCACUUCAGCCUCCAGACACCAGGCUAGAGGUCAUGGCGGUGACUUUCAGCCAAACCUGUCCCUGUGAGCCAGCUCCCUUGUCUGAAUAGAAGAGUAGAAGGACCCUAGCUGGGAUUCUGGCCUCUGGCCCCCACCCCGACCCUGAGCCCUCCCUCUCUCUCUCGUCACAUCAGACUGAGGAGCGAGCGGGAGGGCAACAUGGCUGGCUCUGGUCCAGAGCAUGGGAUUCUAGAAGCAGCCCUGCUGAGUUCCUGCUUUAUGACCCUGGAGGCUGGGCAGGCUGGAGGGGACAGAUGCUGUCCAGACACAGUCACCUGGCCCGGCUUCUUUCUUAUUUUAAGAUUUCCUGCCACUGGCUCCUCGAGACCCCUCCUUGGGCAUCUGGGACUGAGCAUGAGGCUGUAAACAGAUCUGAAAACUUGAUGUC